AUGGCCGCACCUCCCAACAAGACUCUCCAGUCCCUAUCGGGGAAAUGGCAACUGAACAAAGCCUGCUCCGAUGACUUCGCAUCAGUCCUCGCACUCCAAGGCGUCAACGUCCUAAUCUGCAAGACAGCCACUGUAGCAUCCAUUCAUCUGAAAAUCAGUCAACCAGACGACCAACACAUCAACAUGGCGCAAUCAAUUACAACCGGAAACAUCCCGGGCACAACCGAAGAGUACACCUUGGACUAUGAGUGGCGAACCAACCAGGACAGUUUCUUCGGCGAGAUCUCAGGAAGGAGUCGAUGGGUCAGUGUUGAGGAGGGAAGGAAGACGGGCGUAGUUGGCGAAGGCGAGGGGGAGUGGAUCGAUGGGGAUAGCGAUGGCAAAUUGAUACACGCGGAGGGAAAGAAGGAGGAUCAGUGGGAGGCUAGUCACCUUUGGGGGGUUGAGGUUGUUGAUGGAGAGAGGAGACAUACAAGAAGGGUGAGGGUCAGUAAUGAGAAAGGUGAAGAGCUGAGAGUGAGGAUGGUGUAUGACUUUGUUGGUGAAUAG